AUGGCGGAGAGUGCUGAAGCACAGUUGCUGAAGGGGGUCCAUGGAGAAGUCUGUGAUAUCAGAGAUGAGUUAGACAGAAUCAAAUCCUUUUUAAGGGAUGCUGAUACAAGACAAGACACAGAUCAAACCCUCAAGACAUGGGUGAAACAAGUAAGAGAAAUCGCUUAUGAUGUCGAGGAUGUUCUUGACAAGUUCAUGCUCGGCAAAGCACUAGAGCAACACGAUUCUCAGGGAUGCAUCGACUUUCUUUAUAUACUCAUCAAGCAGUUCAUGGUGCAUCAUCAGACUGCAUCCUCAAUACAAGAUAUCAAAACCCGAAUCGGUAUGAUUACGGAGAGAAAAGACGCUUACACUCUCAAAAGAAUAGAGCAAGGUUCAAGCUCCAAUAACAUGAGUGAUCAAUGGAAUGAUCCUCGAUUGAAUGCUCUUUUCAUUGAGGAAGCUCAUCUUGUGGGCAUCGACAUGCCGAGGAGGCAAUUGAUCAGAUGGUUAAUGAAUGGAGAUUCGAGACUCAAGACGAUUUCAGUUGUUGGUAUGGGUGGCCUAGGCAAGACCACUCAAGUAAAGAAAGUCUAUGAUAGCCAACAAGUGAAGAAAUGUUUUGAAACAUAUGCUUGGAUCACCGUCUCGCAAUCAUUCAAACCAGUGGAUCUACUCAGAAACAUGAUAAAGCAAUUCUCCGAGGCAAAGAAAGAUCAGUCUCCUGAAGGAGUAGAUGCGAUGACAGAGGUCGAGCUAAUCCAAGUGCUACGGAGCUACUUGCAGAACAAGAGCUGGGUAAUGAUCACCACACGCAAAGGUGACGUUGCAUCAUCUUCUUGCAUUGGACCUUCCAAUCACAUCUACAACCUUCAGCCUCUGCAUCCAGAAAAUGCCUGGUCCCUCUUUUGCAGGAAGGCAUUCCAAUCAAAUGAGGAGAACAGUUGUCCUCAGGAAUUGGAGAAGCUUUCUCGAAGUUUCGUAAAAAAAUGUCAAGGACUACCUCUUGCAAUUGUCACAUUAGGUAGUCUUUUGUCAAUGAAGGGAAAGACGUAUGUUGAGUGGGAGAUGAUUCACGGUAGCCUUGGAUCAGAGCUUGAAAGCGAUGACAAUCUUAGAAGCAUGACAAAAAUAUUAUUACUCAGUUUCAAUGACUUGCCUUACUACCUGAAAUCAUGCUUCUUGUAUUGGAGUAUUUUUCCAGAAGAUUAUGCCAUUAGGCGUAUGAAACUAAUUCGGCUAUGGAUAGCUGAGGCUUUUGUCGAAAGAAAUGAAGGCAGGUCAAUGGAAGAGGUUGCUGAAGGCUACCUCAAUGUGCUCAUCACUAGAAAUCUUGUUCUAGUGACAGAACGGAAAUCUUAUGGCAAGGUGAUCACUUGUCAAAUCCACGAUCUUGUGCGGGAGAUGAUUAUUCCAAAAUUCAGGGAGGAGCACUUCUUUGCAUCUUCCGUUGAAGAGAACAUGAACAGAAUCCGGCAUCUGUCGAUUUGCAACGAUGGUGAGAAAUUUCCAAAUUUUGAUACCUUCUCCCUUCUUCACUCUCUCUUAAGGUUGUUGAAGGUGGUGGAUCUUGAAAAUGUGUCCGUGGACAUCUUUCCUGAUGAUCUAACAAGCUUGUUGCAUUUGUGGUACCUAAGCUUGGAGAAUACAAAGAUCAAGAAGGUUCCAAGUUCGUUGAUGAAGCUAAAGAACUUAGAAACAUUGAAUCUUAAGGGCACCUUUGUAUGUGAAUUGCCAGUUGAGAUUCUCAAGCUCGAGCGCCUCUGCCACCUCCUCGUUUAUCGCUAUCAUAUAAUGGUUGUUUAUUUACCUUUUAACUCUGUGUAUGGAGUUAAGGUGUCAGCUGGAAUUGGGCAUAUGAGAUCCCUACAGAAGUUGGCAUGCAUAGAGGCAGAGAGCGGAAUGAUUAGAGAGCUGGGGAAUCUCACCCAACUGAGGAGGUUAGGCAUUAUCAAGCUAAAAAGGGAAGAUGGGAACGAUUUGUGCACUUCUGUUGAGAAGAUGGAGUACCUUCAGUCCUUAGAUGUGACAUCAAUGGAUGAGGAGGAGGUUCUCGACCUGCAUCCUUUAUUGCAUCCUCCGCUACCUCUUCAAUGUCUAUAUUUGACAGGGCGUUUGGAGAAGUUACCCAAAUGGAUUGCCUCGUUUCAUAAUCUGGUCGCCGUCUGUCUGAGAUGGUCCAGAUUGAGGGAUGAUCCACUCAAAGCCCUUCAAUCACUGCCCAAUUUGGUGGAACUCGAGCUACGGCGAGCUUUUGAUGGAGAAGAGUUAUGUUGCGAGGGCAGAGGAUAUCCAAGACUCAAGCAAUUAUUGCUCAUUGAGUUGAUGGGAUUGAAGAAGGUGAGGGUGGAGAAGGGAGCAAUGUCUAGCCUUGAAGAGCUAGAUAUUAGACAUUGUUAA